AUGUCACAGAUAAAAGAUAUGAUGCUCCGUGUUGCGUUUUUGCUCUUUGAUUCCAGUCGAUCUCGAAGGGAAACAAAGCAACCCGAGACUAUGCAAUUUGAGGAUAAUGCUGACGAUUUCGAUACAGCUUCAAUCAAAACUGGAUUAUUCGAAUGCGUCCGUCCUGGAGAAGAAACUGUGGAUUUAGCAAAUUUGCUAAACUCGUCUUUUGCAUCCGACUGGAUUGGAAAGCCGCUGAAGGAAGCAGUUCAAAUGGCUUUGAAAGCAAUAAUUCACCAAUUACGAAAGGAAUUUCGAUGGCUGAUAAUCUGUGCAGUUCCGUGCAGUAGCAGAUCCACACGAUAUCCACGACUUCCUCAGGCCGUCUUUCUAAAAUUAGCAGAGAUAAUUCAAAUCGGCUUCCGCAUCGAAAGAAAGGCGCUGUCUACUGCGACAAUCGUGUCCAUGGCAAAGAGAAAAAUGAGAAAUUAUAUUUCGAGAGAAAGAACCGGACAAAUGCAACGAGUAGAAAAACUGCUUAACAAAUUUUGGAAAAGAUAUCCCAAAUGGAACGAAACUGUAGAGGCCUACGAUGCUGCUCUUGAUGAUUGA